UUACAAAUUUAAAUUAUGCAGCCAAAUGAGAACUUCAGAGCUUGCAGCAUUUACCCGACGUACGCUGAAAUUAUCGGGAAUGUUAGAGCACCGUUAAAAGAAAACGUCGUCGACGGACCUUUUGAGAGUGUCGAACAAUACUUGGAAACGCACUUUUGGCUGAUGCGAGAGGAAGUCGUUGGUCCACUGCGGAAAAAAGUGAACCAAAUAAAAUACAACAGAGGAAACGUGGAAUGUCCUCCAUACAUGAAAGCUAAAUUCCUGAGGCCGAAAGAAGAAAGAAAAAAUGUAAAAGGAGUAAGGGUUUGCUUCACUGAAAAUGGAGUUUCAAACAAAGACACCGACGAGGAAAAAUCGAAAAUUCUGAAACUUGGAUCACUGGUCUGCUUCACGUGCAACUCUUUUAAAACGCUUCUCUUCGCCAAAAUUAGCUACAGAGACGAAAAGCAUAUCAAGAAGUCGCAGGUGUUUGUUGAGUUCACCAAAAAACUCAAGGAAGACAUUUUUAAAAAAGAAUAUAUAAUGAUUGAAAGCGAAACCUUCUUUUGGCCUUAUGAACAUGUGCUUAAAGCCCUUCAACGCACCGAAGACUGCGACUUUCCUUUUCCUCAAUAUUUCAUUGGAGUGUCAAAAAGCGAUGAACUUCCAAAAUACAUGAGGGACAGCAGCAAAACCAUUUCCAUCGAAGGAGUAGAUCAAGAUUUUAAUUCAGUGCGGCUUUUGGAACCGAAUUCGUGGCCUACGGCCGCUGAAAUCGGACUGGACGAGUCGCAGCUGAUUAGCCUACAGGCCGCCCUGACGAGGGAACUGACAUUCAUCCUGGGGCCACCUGGAACGGGAAAAACCUACGUUGGCCUGACAGUGGCGCAAAUCUUGAUCGAAAACAAGGCAGCUCUGAACCUGAAAAAGCCUAUUCUGGUCAUCAGCAGCACCAAUCACUCGCUCGAUCGCUUCCUUAUUGAAUUAUUAAAUUUAACCGACAAUUUUGUGCGGAUCGGCCAGCAGUCCAAGUUUCCGCAGCUGAACCCUUACAACUACAGCAAACUGAAAGGAACAUGGUCUGAGCGCCUCGCAUGCCAGGAUGUAAUUGGAAUGACUGUUUCAAAAGCUUCCGAGUGGCGACCAAAGCUCAACGCGCUUGGCUGUGAAGUUGUCAUCGUCGAAGAUGCCUCUGUCUUAUUUGAUGCUCAGCUGUUCGCAUGCUUGCCCAAGAACUGCCAGCACCUUGUUAUGAUCGGUGGAGAAAAGCUUCUGCAACCAAAAUUGAAAAAUCCUGAUUUAGCAUCGUUUAAUUUAAACGUCUCAUUUUUCAAGAGGAUGUUGGACAACAGGGAGAGCCAGAAGCCGCUUUGAUUUCAGUACAGGAUGCCACCUGAGAUGACAAAGUUAAUUGCGCCAUUGAUUUACCCCAAGAUGGAGCACGAUGCGAGUGCGAUGAGCUUGCCCGCGCUGAAAUUGCUUACAAAGCGAGUUUCUUUCGUCACUCACAAUCAUCUAGAGAGUCCAGAGGAAAUUGAGGAGCGCACUGCACCAGAGCAAAAUAUGAAAAAACAGUGGAAGACUGGAAAGAGCAAGAAGAAUGACCAGGAGGCGUCUUUUACGGUUGCUCUCUGCAAGUAUUUGCUCUUGCAAAAAGUGGCACCGCUCGACGUAACUAUUUUGACCACUUACUCGUGUCAGUCGGAACUGAUUAAAAAGCUUAUAAAGGAAGACAAAUCAAAGGCCGCCGGGUUGGCGAGCGUCCAAAUCGCAACAGUAGACAAUUUCCAAGGCGGCGAAAAUAAAUUCAUCAUUUUGUCUCUUGUGAGGAGCAACUCCAGUGGAUCUUUGGGAUUUCUGGAGGAAGAGCACAGAAUCGGUGUGGCUUUGAGCAAAGCUCAAAACGCCCUCAUCAUCGUUGGAAACAUGGCAACCCUAUCGUCCAGAAGCAGUAUUUGGCGGUCAAUUAGACAAAUGCUCGAUGACCAAGAUUCCUUUGGCAGUAGACUGGAACUCAGAUGCACGGCCUACCCAACGGGCAAGCACUUAGUCACUUUGGAGGAGCUGGACAAAUUUGAGCGGAUUUGCAGUGAGAGUAGCUGCACAAAUCCACGUCAACCUGAACAGCCGAGUGUGCUUCAUAAUUCCCCCGCACCCACCGGGGACAAGUAAUGCAGAAGCACCUGUGUAGCAAGAAGUACCACAGACCUAAUAUACGACUUUAUGUGGCCAGAAUGGCUGGAUUUGUA